UCCAGCCCCUCUCCCCCCAGCCGAGGCCCGAGCAUUGCCACAGCCUGAGCCGACCCCGCGCUGCCCACCAUGGACACCGGAGUCAUCGAAGGGGGUCUCAAUGUCACACUCACCAUCCGGCUACUCAUGCACGGAAAGGAGGUGGGAAGCAUCAUUGGGAAGAAAGGCGAGUCGGUGAAGAAGAUGCGAGAGGAGAGCGGAGCUCGCAUCAACAUCUCGGAAGGGAACUGCCCCGAGCGGAUCAUCACCCUCGCGGGACCCACCAACGCCAUCUUCAAAGCUUUUGCGAUGAUCAUUGACAAACUGGAAGAGGACAUCAGCAGCUCCAUGACCAACAGCACAGCUGCCAGCCGGCCCCCGGUCACCCUCCGGCUUGUGGUCCCCGCCAGCCAGUGCGGGUCCCUGAUUGGCAAAGGAGGCUGCAAGAUCAAGGAGAUCCGAGAGAGCACGGGGGCACAGGUCCAGGUGGCAGGAGACAUGCUGCCCAACUCGACUGAGCGAGCCAUCACCAUCGCUGGGAUCCCACAGUCCAUCAUCGAGUGCGUCAAACAGAUCUGCGUCGUCAUGCUUGAGUCUCCCCCGAAGGGUGUCACCAUCCCGUACCGGCCCAAGCCAUCCAGCUCUCCCGUCAUCUUUGCAGGCGGCCAGGACAGGUACAGCAGCGGCAGUGCGAGCUACCCCCACACCGCCCCAUCCAUGUGCCUCAACUCUGACUUGGAGGGACCACCUCAGGAGGCCUAUACCAUUCAAGGACAGUAUGCCAUUCCACAGCCAGAUCUGACCAAGCUGCACCAGUUGGCAAUGCAACAGUCACACUUUCCAAUGUCUCAUGGCAACACUGGAUUCAGUGGCGUUGACUCCAGCUCUCCCGAGGUGAAAGGCUAUUGGGGUUUGGAUGCUUCUGCCCAAACCACCUCCCAUGAACUCACCAUUCCAAACGAUCUGAUUGGCUGCAUCAUCGGGCGUCAGGGCGCCAAGAUCAACGAGAUCCGCCAGAUGUCCGGGGCUCAGAUCAAGAUUGCCAACCCCGUGGAAGGCUCUACUGACAGGCAGGUGACCAUAACUGGAUCUGCAGCGAGCAUCAGCCUGGCCCAGUAUCUAAUCAAUGUCAGGCUCUCCUCGGAGACCGGGGGCAUGGGCAGCAGUUAGGGGGGCCCCGGACCCCCCCGCCUCGCCAUCCAUCUGCGGCCCCUUAGCACCGACCCAGGUUUUAAACUAGUUUGUACAUUUUCGGUUCCUCCAGCCUCGCGCCACUCACCAGGUUGUUUUGAUUUUUUUUUUUUUUUUUGUUUUUCGUUUUUUUUUUUUUUUUUGGGGUUAUUUUUUUUUUUUUUCCUCUCAAAUUAAAAGCAUUUUAAUUCCUCUGUUCAGCUCUUAAAAUUGCUGAACCCCAAAUCUUAGUUUUAUAAAGCUUCUCUCUCUCCUCUCCCCACCCCCCCCAGCACCUUCUCCCCUCCUCUCCCAGUUUUUUCGGCUCAUGAAGUUCUGUUUUUGUCAUGAAAUGUAAGAGUGGAAGAAAAACGAAAAAAAGCAAAAAAAAAACUAAAAAAAAACCAUUUCAGUUUAGUUCUGUAACGUCAGGAAAUUUUUCAAAAAAAAAACUGAAUAAAAAGAUGGACUGGAGCUUUUCCUUGUGAAUAGAACCUGCAGGAUAUUUUGGUUAAUGGA